AAUCGAUCCUUUACUAAUAGGCUGUGUUGGAGUUGUGCGAUAUUUUCUAAUACCUUUUUAACGUGGUACUAUAAUUUGUAAAAUGUCAAAGAAAUUGCAGAUGAUGUUGAGAUUUGGUCUUAUCGUAGUACUGAUUACCCAGGUCAUUAGUCGCCAAGAAAGAAGUUUUGUCAUUGCAAUGGCAAACGUUAGAUUUGAUCUAUGGAUAAUAAGUUCACUGUCUGCAAGAAGUCGCCUAGACUGCAGCAGAACCUGUGAGAUCCAUAGUACAUGUUUGUCUUUCGAGUACACCCCGCUGACCGGUGAAUGUCGACUAUUUGAUACCAUUUUUCUACAUCAGGAUGCUGGAGUGUACGAAAUCGGAUGGCAGUACUAUAUCGCAUCUAACAGGCGCUGUAGACACCCAUUUAUAGAUGGUCGAGACUUGGAUAUAUGUUUUACGUUUGUCGGUUUUCAUAAUCUGACGGAAGCUAAGGCGAAAUGUGCGGCAAUCCAGUCAAGUAUCAUCUCUAUCACAUCAGAUGAGCAGCAGGAUUUUCUGACCAGAUUAGCUGAAACGUUUUCUAAUGUUUCUUUACCGGACCCCAUUAACAAAAGGCCAUUCAUUCAAGGAUUAUGGAACGGAGCUGACUGGAAACAGCCUUCUGAAUUGAAUGAUAGUACUCUGUUGAAUAUCCCCUUCCCAGGUACCAGUUACACGCGGCCAUUCAUUCAGGGAUUCUGGGACGGAACUGACUGGAUCUUGGACAAUGGAACCCCGUUAGUGUACACAAACUGGGGAACAGGUGAACCACAAAAUACGGACACAAACCGAUACAUAAAAUUAAGAAAGGGGAAAUGGAGGACAUCACUAGAUUUAAACAUUAGACCUGUGUUUUGUAGUUAUAAACCAUAAUCUUGUUUUUGAACAUAAUACUAGUGUUUGGGUUGUGGAACACAAUUAGAAGUUGGUUUAUGUAAAAAAUGCCAAUUCUUUUAUAAAAACGUAAUACACAUGAAA